GUGUGUGUGUGUGUGUGUGUGUGUGUGUGUGUGAGAGAGUGAGUGAGUGGGGAGAGUGUGUGUAGCCUAUGUGCGGGGUGUGUGUGUGUGUGUGUGUGUGUGAGUGAGAGAGAGAGUGAGUGAGUGGGGAGAGUGUGUGUGUGUGUGUGUGUGUGUGUGUGUGUGUGUGUGUGUGUGUGUGUGUGCGCGCGCGCGCGCGCUGCUCCGCUGCCGCUGCCCUUUGAUCCCCGCAUUAGUGUCAGUUAGGGGCUCCGGCACACAUACACACCGACAGCAGCCAUAGUCAGACACGGGAUCGCCGCCUCCUCCGCCUCCCAUCGCCCGGCAGCGCAGUCCGGAGCCGCGGACCGCCAGGUGCGGGACGAGCCGCUGCCAUCGGGCGCCAGCGCACCGUCUCAAUGGAGAAAAACAUCCCUCCUUCUCAUCCCGAAACGCGGAGGAGGAGGAUGUGAAGAGCGGGGAAAAUGCCCCGGAGAAAGCAGGAGCAGCCCCAGCGCCUGGCUGCGCAUCUGGAACGAGCUGAGGAUGGAGAGACGGAGCCUGUGGGAGGCGGGAGCUGGUUUGGCCACGCCUCCAACACGCCUUCUGAGUCAUCCUAUGCUGGGGUGCAGGAUGACAUCCAGCCGUCUCCUGAAGGGGUCCCGCCGGAGCAGGACACCUCAGGGGAGAGCUCUGUGGGCUGCCCCACGCCUGUGCCCCGUGCGUCUCUGGACCUCCAGGGGCUGGACUCUGACUCCUUCCACGUGGGGAGCUUCACGGUCCAGGACACCCUGUCCUCGGUGGUGUCCUCACUCUACGGGGACCAUGCACUGGGGGCGCCGCUGAGCAGCAACCUGAGGCGUCUCCUGGAGGCUGAGGUGGGUGGGCUGGCUGAUGAGGACAGGCCCCAGGACGCCUCGUCCCUGUCCCCGUCCUCCCGCCACGCCCAGCAGUUGAGCGCUCUGGCUCGCAAACUCGCCAAGAGCUCCGCCUCCUCCACCCCCACGGCGUCGGUCAGCGCGGUUAAGCGGGAGCUUUGCGAACCUUUUGCCGGUGCCAAUGGCAACAGCUUUGCCUGGGUGGGCGGGGCGGAGGCCUGGUUACCUGCUGCCAGCUCUGCCCCUGGCGGCAGCAGCCUAUCCCCGGAUUCCGCCAUCCAGAAGCUGAAGGCCGCGGCCAAUGCCGUACGGCAGGACAAAAGCGCCGGAGCUUCCUUGGCUGUUUCAUCCUCCUCCUCGUCGUCCUCCUCCUCCGGGGUUAUCGGCGGAGGCAGGGCAGACGAAGCGGCACGCUUUGACACCUUCCCCAGCCCGUUUAACUCCCAGUCCGCCAGCUCCACCCUGGCAGCCUUGUCCAAGAAGGUGAGCGAGCGGGGGCUCCAGCAGGGGCAGCUGUCCGCCAACUGCUCCUUCUUCUCGCUGGUUUCCAUGACGCCAUCAGCAGCACUGCUAAAGGAGGUGGCGGUGCGGGCAGCUAAGAACCUCCUGGGCUCCCAGCGGGAUCAGGCGAUAGCGGCGGAACCUCUGGGUGAUGGUGAGCCCCUGACGGACAGCAACCAGAAGCUGCCUACAGUCAGGCGGAGUGCCGAUGCACCCUCGUCCCCCCCGAAGGGGAAGGUGAAUGCCAGCGGUCAGGAAGUGCCCCCUGAGGACGGGGGCAAGCCCUUCCAGUGCCCUGUGUGCGGCCUGGUCAUCAAGCGGAAGAGCUACUGGAAGCGGCACAUGGUGAUCCACACGGGCCUCAAGAGCCACCAGUGCCCGCUGUGCCCCUUCCGCUGCGCUCGCAAAGACAAUCUGAAGUCCCAUAUGAAGGUCCACCAGCACCAGGACCGGGGCGAGACCUUCCAGUGCCCGCUGUGCCCCUUCACCUCCUCGCGCCACUUCAGCUUGAAGCUGCACAUGCGCUGUCAUCAGCACUUCCCGCGUGCCGAGCUGCGGGUCAAGCAGGAGGCAUCCAGCGACGGCGAGAGCAAGGAGAGAGGAGGUUCCCCGACCUCGGCAGACAGCUCGCUGCGACCCUCGCCUCGGGAUCCCGGCGACCACGUGCGGGUCAAGGAGGAGCCCCAGGAGAGCCAUGUGUCUGGGGCAUCACCCUUCAGUCUCUGUGCCCCCCAGGACCAGGCCACUCCUAAGUCCGGCCCUCCCACCCCCCUAACCACCCUGUUCGGCACAGACAUCACCACCAAGUCUGCCUCCGACCUGCUCAUCAAGCUCUCAGCUGCGAACCAGAAGGAGGUCCAGAAAUCCCAAUUUUUCGUGAAGCAGGAAGAGGAUGAGGAGGAGGAAGAGCAGUGGGAAGAGGAAUCGAGUCCCCGUCCGGCCCUUGGGCAGCUGGGGCAGCCAUUCUGCCAGGCUGAUGGGGGCCCCCAGGACCAGCACAUGGGCGUCAAGGUGGCAUCCGAAUUCCUCAUGAAGCUGUCGGAGAACAAGAGGGAGCCGUGUAACUCGCAUGGAGCGCCGGUAAAGGCAGAGCCCAUGGACUUGGACCCCCCCGGUUUGACCCCCCCGGCCUCGUCUUGCCUGCUGUCCUCCGAGGAGCCUCUGGCUGGCUUGCCCACCAGCCUCCUGUGUCCGCAGAAAGCAAUCUUCAGCCAGGACAUUUCUGUCAAGAUGGCCUCUGAGCUGCUGUACAAGCUGUCAGAGAAAGUGAGCAAAGCGAAGGAGUGCAGAGAUGGCAAUAUAAUGGGCAUGGCCAGGCCGUACUCAAAGGAGCCCUGCAGGCAGUCACUGUACAGCUCAGGAUCCCUUCCCAGCGACACGGGCUCCUCCAACAGGGCACUGCAAGGCUGGGUGAAGCUGACUGGGGAAGCAGGGAAUGGCGCCUCCCUGUGGCGGGCGAACGAGCAGCUGUACCCCUGCCCCGUGUGCGGGAAGGUGUUUGGCAGGCGGCAGACCCUCUCGCGACAUCUGUCCCAGCACAUAGGGGAGCGAAGGUAUGGGUGCCACCUGUGUCCCUAUGUGGCCAAGUGCCGGUCCAACCUCAAACAGCACCUCGCCGUCCAUUCUGGCAAGCUGCGGGGCUCCAACGGGCCGGCGCCCAACGCCAGUGGGGGCAGCCCCUGCCGGGACAGCCCCUACUACUACAGCUGCCAUGUCUGCGGGUACGAGGUGGAGCUCGGCGUCCAGUUCAACAGUCACAUGUCCCUCCAUGGCGAGCAGCAGCGCUGCAUGUUCUCGCUGUGCUGCAGGAGCUGCGGUUUCACAUGCCACGAGGAGGCCAACAUGAGGGCGCACGUCCACACCGAGCAUGCAGGGUGCAGCUCUAGAAGUCCCCUCAGCGAGACCAAAAGCACCUCCUCCUCCCUGUCGGCCCUCAGUGACUCCAUCAGCGGCUCGGAGAGCGGUGACGUUGCCCACUGUAAUGACGGACUGCAGGGCUUGCUGGCCACGCCCCCUUCUGCAGACAGCCACUCAGGAUCAGGAACGGAGGAGAAGACAGAAAAGGGCUUUGAGUGCGUCUUCUGCCACUUUGUGUGCAAGACCAGGGCGAUGCAGGAGCGCCACUUGGAGGCGCACCUCCUGGCGCGUGGGUAUGAGUGCGACAUCUGCCACCAGCUGACGGACAGCCCCGAGCAGCUGCGGGAGCACAGGAAGUGCCACACCCUCCCCACCACGAGGCUCAAGUUCCCAUACCCCACGGAGCAGCCAGCCUCUGCGGAGCUCCCCCCGGAGCCUUGCAACCAGACUGAACAGCGACAUGGGCGGAGCCCGGAGGGCAGCCAGCGGGAGCCGCGGCUGCAGGAGUGCGAGCGCCGAGUGCACGGCUGUCCCGGUUGUGAGGCCGACCCAAGCCUGCCUCGCGCACCACUCUGUUGCAUCCGUCACGCCUUCGCCCACGGUCACCGGGAUGGGGAGCCACGAGAGAAACGCCGACGACGCAGGCGCUGCAAGCGCAGUGGCGGGCUGGCUCCAGCAGGGGGCGCUGGAGUGUCGUCGGUCAGAGUGUCUGCCCCCCGCAUCCCGCUGUCUGCCACGGCGAAGAGGCCGCCGGGGGCUGGGCCGGCCUUGUGCUACCUCUUGUGCCAGGGCUCCUGCUCCUCCAUGCCACAUGGGACGUACAUUGGCUCUGAGCUGGAUCACCUCGUCCCCCUGUCUCACUGCGCCACCCUGCCCGCCUCCCGAAUCCGGCCGGCCUCCCGCACAUCCCUCUCCCACCCCCUCUCGCCCAAGUCUCUGAAGCACUCCUUUCUCGCCUAUUUGGGCCUGGAGGCCGUGUGACUGGUGACCUGGAUCCCACAGUCGGACCUUUUCCCCCAAGUAAACAGAACAUGCUGGAUAAAGAAGUAGUCAAGGUACACGAAAAAUACACAUUUAUAUUUAAAACAACUAUAAAUAUGUGCUUAAAGCAUUUAUAUCAGUGCUGCUUUACUCCCCUCUGUAUCAUUGAAUAUAUCUAUAUUUUUGUUUUUUGUUACCUGUGCGUGAGUCUGAAUGACCCACUGCGUUUCUGACAGAGAGCAGCGGGGACCUGUGGCCUCACAUUCCUGUAUUUUCUGUCCUCGUACAUUAAGAUGCAUGCCUGCAUAUAUAUGUUCCAGUAAGUUUGGUGUAACUAUGACUAUGGGGAAAAUCACAGAAAGCUUCCCAGGUGCUCAGCACACUGGAAUAUCAUGUCUGGGCGGUACGACUCAAUUUUGCAUGUGGGUUUCUUGAGGUGAGCCGCUGGCCCCAGGAUUGAUCGCAGACAGUAUUGCAGCAAAUUCGGCGUUGUGCUCUGCUGGUGUGUGCGUCUACUGUUCUGCACUCCUGGGAUUUCCCGCAAUGUGAGUGGCUCAGUCUGACUCUAGAGUACAGCCGCCAAUCUGGCUGUCUUUACGAGUGACCCGCCCCGGUGAUGGUACCGAGUGGAACCUCGUGGACCGGGUCAGGCUCUGGGGCCAGUAGCGACUGCGGAUGGAGGUCUGUCUGUCACACCGCUCAGGGGGUGGUGGAGGCUGCAUGUGUGGUGCUGCCUGAAGGAUGCUUUAUGCACCUCGGAGACCAUCCCUGGCUGUCUGCGGGGGGGGAGAGGGGGCCGGCACGGCAUUUAAAGGAGCAGCGUUUCCUGUAGCGUUUCUACCUAGAGUAGUGCAACAACUGGGCUAAUUGUACAGCUUUUCCCUGUAAAUAAUCAGGCAAGACAGAGUCUGUGAAUGGUGGCCUUCCUCUUCAUUCUUCCGUUUCCCCCCUAUGAAUAAUAAUUCAGAAAUCCACCAGGAAUCGAUGCCAGAAAAGAGAUUCACAGACGUGGCUAACGCCUUUAGCCGUGUCUGUGCUAUUGCUAACCUCCGCGUCCAGCCAAAAGUCAUGGGACGACCUGGGCAUUCGCAGGAACACGCCGCGUCAACCAGCCAUCCUACAAGCUCAGGAGACUUCUUCAGGAACAGGGCUCAUCUGCGACCUUGCGUGUGUGUGGAACCCCACGGCUGUUCUCUGUCGACACUGAAUCCUGCAUUGUUUCCAAACAGCCCGAUGCAGAAUCAGUGUCAUUUCACAUAAGUCUGUGUCCCAUGACUUUCGGUAGGCAAAUUAGUAUCUGACCUAGAUAUAUGUGUACAUUUCUCUGUGUGUUGUUUUUUUCUUCAGUAUUAUUCAACUGCCCUGGUGAGAUUGUUUCAAAUAUGAAGCAUUUUUGUCACUUUCGAAUGUUACAAGCACUUAUUGUUUUCCUAUCCGUUAAUGUCACGAUUACUGCUGUUGACCAACUUAAUCUGUUGCACAGUCUGUCCAUGGUGAAAUUCCAAAACGAAAUCUAAUUUCAGCAGGAUUGAACUGCGAUGGGGUGCAAAAGUUGAAAAGGUCAAAAAUGGGAAAAAAAGUCUGUGUUGCUAAGCGAUUUCAGAUGUCAUUAUUGUAAAUUGAAUUUUAUAUUCCUUUGUUUUCUGGUUUUAAAAGUCAAAACCAUGAGCUUCAUUGGUCAUUUUUGAUGCAGUAACUGCAGUAUCUUCAAAGAAGUGAGGAAACACGGCCAGCCUUGGGAUUGACUUUUACACGGAGAGCAGUUAAACUUCUGAGCUUAGUUGCUCAUGCUGAAAGAAAUUAAGGCAGUUUUGCACAGUUGUUUUUAGAUAAUUACGUAAUACUAUUUGAUUGCUAAACUGUUGCAGGUGUGUGUCAGUUUAACGAAGCGACACUUGAGUAAGAAAGGGUAUGUUACUUGUUCCCCUUCUGCAGCAGGAGCUCUGAUUGGUAGAAUAGAUGUGUGAAACCCCAGGUCUCCAAACCUGCUGAGCCAGGACUGAAUUUGGUCAUUUGCCAGACCGGGUUGUGCCAGAGUUUCUGUGCAGUCGAGGUUCCAGCCUAGGCAGGUUCGGUACGUGCUGCAGCACGUCGACACCAAAAGGGCUCCCCUUAAAGACCUAUCCAUUGUGUUAUGUGUGCAACUCUAGUGCCACAUGGUGGAAGGGAAUAGCAUGCAAAUAACACAUAUUAUCAACCCAGGGAGAAAAAGAGAUACCCUAACCCUAUCCCCUGUAACCCCUCAAUUUGUGGUGAGUCUGAGAAGCUCUUCAGCUGGUCUACCCUUUUUGAGGCUGAGGAGUUAGGCUAUUGGCUGAUUCUCUUCUGUUUUGAGGAUGAGGAGUUUAGCUUUUGACCAGUCCUCUUCUAUUUCAAGACCUGUUAAGUCUGUCUGUUAGCUGGUCCUCCUCUAUUUCAAAGAUGAGGAGUUCUGUUCUUGGCUGGUCCUCCCUCUUUCCAAGCUAAGGAGUUCAACUCUUGGCUGGUCCUCCCUAUUACGAGGCUGAGAAGUUUGACUCUUGGCUGGUCCUCCCUAUUUCGAGGCUGAGGAGUUCGACUCUUGGCUGGUCCUCCCUAUUUCGAGGCUGAGGAGUUGAACUCUUGGCUGGUCCUCCCUAUUUCGAGGCUGAGGAGUUCGACUCUUGGCUGGUCCUCCCUAUUACGAGGUUGAGAAGUUUGACUCUUGGCUGGUCCUCCCUAUUUCGAGGCUGAGGAGUUCGACUCUUGGCUGGUCCUCCCUAUUACGAGGCUGAGGAGUUCGACUCUUGACUGGUCCUCCCUAUUUCGAGGCUGAGGAGUUGAACUCUUGGCUGGUCCUCCCUAUUUCGAGGCUGAGGAGUUCGACUCUUGGCUGGUCCUCCCUAUUUCGAGGCUGAGAGGUUCUGUUCUUAGCUGGUUCUUUGUAUUUCAAAGCUGAGAGGUUCUGAUCUUGGCUGGUCCUCCCUUUUUCGAGGCUGAGGCAUUUGGCUGUUGAUUGGUCCUCCUCGAUUUCCCCGCAUCUCCAUGCACUUGAUUUUGCUGUCCUUUGCCUAACUGUAAGCUGCACAGUGACUUUAACUGAUUGCUUUACUAUGUUUAACCCUUCAUUAGCUGCAUGCUUUAAAAAGCUUGAGCUUCCAGCACUUAUUCUUUUCCUCAUUUUUCUGAUUAUGCACUUAUUAUUCUGUAAUGUCUUCAAGCUUUUUGGCUUUAAGUUAAUUCCCAUGUUGUUAUUCUAUGAGACUAAAUAACACUUUUGAAGUCUAUCUCUUAUUGGUUUGGGUAAUAUCAGUAUGUACUGUAUAAAACUUUUUAUUACUUCAUCUACGGCUGUACAGGGUUGUUUGUGACUAUGACUGGUAAUACCAUCAUUUGUACAUUGUCUUUUGUCCUUUUUACUUUGUUGUUAUUUUUCUGAUUGCAAGUUUUUGAUGUAACAGGAUUUGGAAGUAAAGCUACGAUAUGAUA